AUGGCUUCUUUAUCAACAACCAACCGCAUGUCCCGUUUGCAUGAUGAUAAACCGGCAUUUAUAUAUGGCACUGCUUGGAAGGAAGAUCAAACAAAGAGACUGGUGAAGGAGGCACUGGCUGUUGGGUUCCGGCGUGUCGAUACAGCGGCACAGCCACGUCAUUAUCAGGAGGCCUUAGUUGGAGAAGCGCUUCGUGAAGCAUUCACCGAAGGUCUCUUGAAGCGAGAAGAGCUCUACCUACAAACUAAAUAUACUCACCCUGAGGGACAAGACCCAGACAACAUGCCCUAUGACCCCAACGCACCCUUGGACUCUCACAUCCGCACUUCCGUUGCAUCAUCGCUCAAGAACCUACAACAUGCGGCUAACUCUCCAGAAGACUCCUACCUCGACUGCCUACUUCUCCACUCACCACUUCCUACGGUCGAAGAGACAAUCCAAGCCUGGAAGCUACUGGAAACAUACGUCCCCCAUCGCAUCCGCUCCCUCGGCAUCUCAAACGUAGCUCUGCCGAUCCUCCAAAUCAUUCACCAAAACGCCACUGUUAAGCCUGCAGUCGUGCAGAAUCGCUUUUACCCCAAGAAGCGCUACGACAUGACUUUACGCGACUUUUGCAGAGCCCACGACAUUGUGUAUCAGUCUUUUUGGACGCUGACUGGUAACCCGAUCCUUUUGCAGUCACAACCUGUUGCGGCGCUUGCAAAAGCGGCACAGAUUGAGGUACCGGUUGCGCUGUAUGCGCUAGUGAUUGAUCAGGGUGUUAUGGUGUUGAAUGGGAGUACAUCGAGGGAGCAUAUGGAGAUGGAUUUGGAGGGGGUUCAGAAGGUGAGGGAAUGGGCUGUGGAGAAUCCGGGGGAGUUUGCUGCUAUUGUUAGGGAAUUUAAAGCUAUGAUGGGGUAA